AUGAUUUGAUUGGUUAAUUCUAAGGUCGUGGUGAAAGUUGAUUGGUUCAUUUUACCAAAAGGGAAUCCCAAGAACGAUCUGACGGACAGACGAGGCAAAUUUUUCACAUGUUUUAGGUUGAAAAAGUUGAAAUUUUAACAACAGUGCAUCAAUCUCAGUAAAGCCAUCAACCCAACGGCAAAAGUAUGAGGUGGAAAACAUUUUACUUGGCGCUUAUUGGAGUUCUGUUUAUCAGUGGAUUAUGUUUGGCAGAGAAAAAUGAUGAAGAUGAAGCUAGUGUUGAUGAAGACAUCGGAAAAAGUAGACAAGGAUCAAAGACUGAUGACGAAGUUGUUGCAAGAGAGGAAGAAGCUAUUAAGUUGGAUGGAUUGAAUGUAGCACAGAUGAAAGAAAUGAGAGACAAGGCUGAGAAACAUGUGUUCCAAGCUGAAGUCAAUAGAAUGAUGAAACUUAUUAUCAAUUCUUUGUACAAGAACAAGGAGAUUUUCUUGAGAGAGUUGAUUUCCAAUGCAUCUGAUGCAUUAGACAAAAUCAGAUUUGUAUCAUUAACAGAUAAAGAAGCUUUACGGCAUACUGAUGAAUUCAGUAUUAAAAUCAAGGCUGAUAGAGACAAUCAUGUUCUCCAUGUAACAGACACAGGAAUUGGUAUGACCAAGGCAGACUUGGUUAACAAUCUUGGAACCAUAGCCAAAUCUGGUACAAGUGAAUUCAUGUCCAAAUUGGGAGAGGCUUCAUCAACAACAGAAAUGACAGAUUUGAUUGGACAGUUUGGUGUUGGUUUCUACUCAUCAUUCUUGGUAUCGGACAGAAUAAUUGUAACAUCAAAACACAACGAUGAUGAACAACACGUCUGGGAGUCUGAUUCUGAGGCCUUCAGUGUUAGUAAAGAUCCCAGAGGAAACACACUGGGUAGAGGAACACAGAUCAGUCUUCACCUGAAAGAAGAAGCUCAUGAUUUCUUGGAAGAGAAUACAUUAAAAGACCUCGUCAGAAAGUACAGCCAGUUUAUCAACUUUAAUAUUUACAUUUGGUCUAGCAAGACAGAGGAAGUUGAGGAACCAAUUGAAGAAGAUGAGGCAACGAAAGAUGAACCAGAAAAGAAAGAUGAGGACAAAGAUGAUGAAGAUGAUGAUGCCAAGGUUGAGGAAGACAAAGAAGAAGAAAAACCUAAAACAAAGAAAGUCUCUAAAACUGUGUGGGACUGGGAGUUGAUGAAUAGUGUCAAACCUAUCUGGACCAGAAAACAAGCAGAUAUCACUGAUGAAGAAUAUAACGAAUUCUACAAAAAUCUUAGUAAAGACAGUGAUGAGCCAUUGGCCAAAGUCCACUUCGUUGCUGAGGGAGAAGUCACAUUUAAAUCUAUUUUGUUUGUUCCCAAAUCAUCUCCACAUGAUACAUUCCAGAACUAUGGCAAAAAUAUUGACAAUAUUAAGAUGUAUGUUCGAAGAGUUUUUAUCACAGAUAACUUUGAAGACAUGAUGCCAAAAUACUUAUCAUUUGUUAGAGGAAUGGUUGACUCUGAUGAUUUACCAUUGAAUGUAUCCAGAGAAACUUUACAACAACAUAAACUAUUGAAAGUUAUCAAGAAAAAACUUGUCAGAAAAACUUUGGAUAUGAUCAAAAAGAUUGAAAAAGAAGAUUAUGAUAAAUUCUGGAAAGAAUUCAGUACAAACAUUAAGUUGGGUGUAAUUGAAGACAACUCCAACAGAACUCGUCUGGCCAAACUUUUGAAAUUUUUCUCCUCCAACUCUGAUACAGAACAAACUAGUUUAGGGGAAUAUGUGGAAAGAAUGAAAGAAAAACAAGAAGCUAUCUUCUUUGUUGCUGGAACAAGCCGUGAUGAGGUAGAGAAAUCUCCAUUCGUAGAAAGAUUGUUGAAAAAGGGAUAUGAAGUGCUGUACUUGACAGAGCCUGUUGACGAAUACUGUGUUCAGGCCUUACCAGAAUUUGAUGGCAAAAAAUUCCAAAACGUUGCCAAGGAAGGAUUGAAACUAGAUGACUCUGAAAAAUCUAAAGAAAGAAAAGAGGCAUUAGAAAAAGAAUAUGAGCCAUUGAUGAAAUGGUUGAAAGAGGAUGCACUCAAAGAUAAGAUUGAAAAAGCUGCCGUAUCUGAUCGUCUGACAUCAUCACCAUGUGCUCUGGUUGCCAGUAGUUACGGUUGGUCUGGAAACAUGGAGAGAAUAAUGAAGGCUCAAGCUUAUGCAAAAGCACAAGAUGCUUCACAAAGUUUUUACUCCAGUCAGAAAAAGACAUUAGAAAUUAACACAAGACAUCCACUUAUUAAAGAAUUAAAAACUAAAGUUGAUGCUGAUGGUAAUGACCAAACUGCUAAAGACUUGGCCGUUGUGAUGUUUGAAACAGCCACAUUACGAUCGGGAUAUUCGUUACAAGAUACACAAGGAUUUGCUGAGAGAGUAGAAAGAAUGUUAAGACUUUCAUUGGACGUACCAUUAGAUGCAAAGAUUGAAGAAGAACCAGAGGAGGAAGCUGUAGCUGAUGAUGUGGAAGAAAUAACAGAUGCUGAUGACGAGUAUACGUGCACGAAUUGUGGGAAUAGAAGAAAGUUACUUUCAUGGUUUUCGGAAGACAGUGAAAAAGAUAAGAAAAAGGCGAAAGCAGCACCUGUUGGGAUAGAUAAAAAGCUAGACACUGAUGGCGACGGCAUUCCUGACUAUCUGGACGACGAUGAUGAUAACGACGGCAUUCCAGACGAUAAAGAUGACGAUGAUAACAACAACGGCAUACCUGAUCGACUUGAAAAGGAUACUGACGGCGAUGGAAUUCCCGAUUAUCUUGAUGAUGAUAUUGACGGGGACGGUAUUCCAGAUAGUCAAGAGGAAGAUGCCAACGGUGAUGGUAUUCCCGAUUAUAAACAGAAGGAUACCGAUGGUGAUGGAAUUCCCGAUUAUCUUGACGAUGACGAUGAUAAUGAUGGUAUUCCAGAUGCUCAAGAUAAGGAUGCCGAUGGAAAUGGUAUUCCAGAUCAUCUGGAAGUAGAUACCGACGGGGAUGGCAUUCCAGAUUAUCUGGAUGACGAUGACGACGGCGAUGGAAUUCCUGAUAAACUUGACAAGGAUGCUAAUGGAAACGGAAUUCCAGACAACCUUGAAGUGGAUACAGACGGAGAUGGUAUUCCUGACUACCUAGAUGACGAUGACGAUAAUGACGGUAUACCCGACGACAAAGACGAUGAUGCAAAUGGCAAUGGUAUACCAGAUCGUUUAGAAGUUGACACUGAUGGCGAUGGUAUUCCGGAUUAUCUGGACGAUGACGAUGACAAUGAUGGUAUUCCAGAUGAUAAGGAUGACGAUGAUAACGGGAAUGGUAUACCAGAUUACCUUGAAGUUGAUACUGACGGCGACGGAAUUCCCGACUAUCUUGACGAAGAUGACGACAACGAUGGUAUUCCAGACGUCAAGGAUGAUGACUCAAAUGGUGAUGGUAUUCCUGAUAGUAAACAACACUGUACAAAAUAUGGAUGUGGUACUCUUCCAGACAAGGAUGGUGAUGGCAUUCCAGACUAUCUAGACAACGAUGCAGAUGGUGACGGAAUCCCUGAUGACAAGGAAAAGGAUACAGAUGGCGAUGGUAUUCCUGACUAUCUAGAUGAUGACGAUGACAAUGACGGAAUCCCUGACGAUAAAGAUGACGAUGCUAAUGGAAAUGGAAUACCGGAUCAUUUAGAAGUUGAUACUGAUGGAGAUGGAAUUCCCGAUUAUCUAGAUGACGAUGAUGAUAAUGAUGGAAUUCCCGACCACUUAGAUGAUGAUGCCGAUGGCGAUGGUAUACCAGAUGAAAAGGAGAAAGAUACUGAUGGUGAUGGUAUUCCAGAUUAUUUGGAUGAUGAUGACGACAAUGAUGGAAUUCCGGAUGUAGAUGAUGAUGAUGCUGAUGGCAACGGAAUUCCUGAUAAUUUGGAGAUUGAUACAGAUGGUGACGGAAUUCCAGAUUAUCUUGACAAAGACGACGAUAACGAUGGCAUUCCAGAUGACCAGGAUGAUGAUGCUGACGGGGAUGGAAUUCCCGAUGACAAAGAAAAAGACACAGAUGGUGAUGGUAUUCCUGACUAUUUAGACGAUGAUGAUGAUAAUGAUGGGAUACCAGAUCAUUUAGAUAACGACGAUGACGGAGAUGGCAUCCCUGAUGACAAAGAAAAGGAUACUGAUGGUGACGGAAUUCCAGAUUAUUUGGAUGAUGAUGAUGACAAUGAUGGCAUUCCAGACGAUCAAGACAACGACGAUGAUGGCGACGGAAUACCAGACGAUAAGGAAAGGGACACAGAUGGGGAUGGCAUACCUGACUAUUUAGAUGACGACGAUGAUGGCGAUGGAAUUCCAGACGAUCAAGACAAAGACGAUGAUGGCGACGGAAUACCAGAUGAUAAAGAAAAAGAUACAGACGGUGAUGGGAUUCCUGAUUAUCUUGACAAUGAUGACGAUAACGAUGGCAUUCCGGAUGAUAAGGAGAAAGAUAGUGACGGAGAUGGAAUUCCAGAUCAUCUUGACAAUGAUGACGAUAAUGAUGGAAUUCCAGACCAUCUUGACGAUGAUGAUGAUAAUGAUGGUAUUCCUGACACUAAAGAGAAAAAUCAAGGAAUCGACAAAACCAAAGACACUGAUGGUGAUGGAAUUCCUGAUUACUUAGACGACGAUGACGAUAAUGAUGGUAUUCCUGACAAUUUAGAUGAUGACGAUGAUGGAGAUGGAAUUCCAGACAACCAGGAAGAUUCUGAUGGUGAUGGAAUUCCAGAUAGCUUAGAUGACGACGAUGACAAUGAUGGAAUUCCUGACGACAAAGAAAGAGACACAGACGGUGACGGUAUACCAGAUUACCUUGAUGACGAUGAUGAUGGCGAUGGAAUUCCGGACGAUCAAGAUAACGACGAUGAUGGUGAUGGAAUUCCAGAUGACCGGGAAAAAGACACCGAUGGAGAUGGAAUCCCCGAUUAUUUAGACGAUGACGACGAUGGCGACGGAAUUCCAGAUGACCAGGAUAAUGAUGAUGAUGGCGAUGGCAUCCCUGAUGACAAAGAAAAGGAUACUGAUGGUGAUGGUAUUCCUGAUUAUUUAGACGAUGAUGAUGACAAUGACGGGAUACCAAAUCAUUUAGAUAACGAUGAUGACGGUGAUGGUAUACCCGACGACAAAGAAAAGGAUACUGAUGGUGACGGUAUUCCAGAUUAUUUAGAUGAGGACGAUGACAAUGACGGGAUACCAGAUCAUUUAGAUAACGAUGAUGACGGCGAUGGAAUUCCAGAUGACAAAGAGAAGGAUACUGAUGGUGACGGAAUCCCUGAUUAUUUAGACGAUGAUGACGAUAAUGAUGGUAUACCAGAUCAUCUAGACAACGACGACGAUGGUGACGGAAUACCCGAUGGCAAAGAAAAAGACACAGAUGGAGAUGGAAUUCCCGAUUAUUUAGAUGACGAUGAUGAUAACGAUGGUAUCCCUGACGACCAGGAUAAUGAUGAUGAUGGCGAUGGUAUCCCCGAUGAUAAAGAAAAGGAUACUGAUGGCGAUGGGAUACCUGAUUAUUUGGAUGACGACGAUGAUAAUGAUGGUAUACAUGAUCAUUUAGAUAAUGAUGAUGAUGGCGAUGGCAUCCCUGAUGACAAGGAAAAAGAUACUGAUGGUGAUGGAAUUCCUGAUUAUCUAGAUGACGAUGAUGAUAAUGACGGUAUUCCAGACGACCAGGAUGACGAUGACGACGGUGAUGGUAUUCUGGACGCAAAAGAAAAAGAUUCAGAUGGUGAUGGAAUUCCAGAUUAUUUAGACAAAGACGACGAUGGUGAUGGUAUACCUGACGAUAAAGAAACAGACACAGAUGGUGACGGUAUUCCUGAUUAUCUGGACGACGAUGAUGAUGGCGAUGGAAUUCCCGACUCGGAAGAUGAAGAUUCUGAUGGAGAUGGCAUUCCUGAUUUUAAACAAGUUGAUACUGAUGGUGAUGGCAUCCCUGAUUAUUUAGAUGAUGAUGAUGACAAUGACGGCAUUCCAGAUCAUCUUGACAAAGACGAUGACGCAGAUGGAAUUCCAGAUCAUUUAGAGAAAGAUUCGGACGGAAAUGGAGUUUUAGAUCAUCUUGAUGAUGACGAUAACGAUAAUGGAAUUCCCGAUUACCAGGAAGUUGACAGCGACGGCGAUGGAAUUCCUGAUUAUCUUGAUGAUGACGAUGAUAAUGAUGGAAUACCAGAUGAAGAAGACUCGGAUGCAAAUGGCAACGGAAUCCCAGAUUUUAUGGAAGUUGAUACUGAUGGGGAUGGAAUUCCCGAUUAUCUUGAUGACGAUGAUGAUAAUGACGGAAUUCCUGACUAUUUAGAUGACGAUGAUGACGGUGAUGGUAUUCCAGAUAAGAAAGAGGAUAGUGACGGCGAUGGUAUUCCCGAUUAUCUUGACGAUGACGCUGAUGGCGAUGGAAUUCCAGAUAAACUUCCCGAUACCGAUGGUGACGGAAUUCCGGAUCAUAGAGAUAAAGAUCGCGAUGGAGACGGUAUCGAUGAUGUUAAACAGAAAAAGAAACCUGUAUUGAAAAAAUCAAAACCAUCGGAAGGUAACUUAAAAGAUGAUGACGAUGACGACGACGACGAUGAUGAUGACACUGAAGAAAAAAGUUUAUUUUCUAGAAUUUUGACUUCAAUUAAAAAUUUAAUUAUUUCAAAUGACGAUGACGAAGAUGACGAUGAUCAAGUUAAGAAAAAUCCAAACCCUUCAAGGAAGAAAAAGAAUGAAAAAAAUGAAGAUGAUCAUGAUGAAGAAAUAGAUUUAUUUGACAUUGUUAAAUCUGUGAUUGGUAGUAAUGAAUCGGACGAUAAAAUAAAGGAUGAAAAUAAAAGUAACAAAAAACGAGAAGAAAUAAAGAAGAGAAAAUCUGGAUAAAAACACUUAUUAUUUAGUAAAUUUUAGGGAAGAUUAGUUUUAAAUAAAAACACAAACGAAAUUAAGAAUGAUAAACAAUGGGGAGUAUACUUUGAAUGGGAAGGGGAGGGACAAAGAAACACUUGUUGUCAUGAGAUGUGUGCACCAGAGUAAUUUGAAAUUGUGCCAGUGUGUAACUUUUUGGAGUAACUGAAACAUGUGAAAUGUGUAAAUGAUUUUAGUGAUACAUGUUCUUAGUUUUACAGAUCUUAUUUUAUAAUUAUUUUAUGAAUUAUUUUUUUUAAAUUGAGAUAUAAGAAGCAGUAUUCCUUAAGCUUUGAAUUUUGACUUAAAUAUAGAACGUCUGUUGUAUCUGUUUAUAUUUAAAAACUUCCCUGUAAGAGAAAUUUGUAGUAACAAAUUUUAUGAUUCGAAAUAGAUUUCUAAUACGUGAACAACUUUACACCAUUGUUUUACAUGUGUGAAUGUUUUUCAUUUCAAACGAUUAAUUUUAGUUAGAUUUUUGUUCAUUGUCAAUUCCAGAUAUAUCUACGAUUUGAUUUUAGUAAUUUUGUAUAAGUUAUCUAAAAGUUUAAAACAAUCUAAGUAGAAAGUUUACCUCACCUGCAAAUGGUAAACACAAGUGGGUUCAAUAACAAGAACCCUGAAAUACGUCGCUUUCGAAACAAUUAUACUAUACAAAAUUAUUGAUGCCAGUAAAAGUUUAACACUGGAAAAGAUUUAUUAUGCUUGAGGAAUUAUAAAAUUGUAUAAAAUGAUUUCCCACAUAUAAUUUUAAAUUUGGAAUUAUUUUCAAAUCCAAAUGUUCCAUAUCUAAGUUCAUAUCAAAGUAACAUUUUAUUCCACGUAUAUCUACUGCAAUAUAUGUCUUUUGAGUGCAAUGUGAAUGGUCGAUUCCAACAGCGAAAAUCACUGAAUGUAUAUUUAUUUAUUUAAUCAUUUGUUUAUAAAUUUAAUUAUUUAUUUGUGUCAAUUUCAUUGAUUAAUUCAUUCCAUUAUAGAUGUACUUAUGAAACCCUUUGACAAGUAUGUAACUUUCUUUUGCAUUAUGUAAAAAAAAAAUUUUUUGUUUCCUGUCUCCAUACCUAUGCUAAAUUGUCACAUUCUAUAAACAGUUCAGAUGAUAAAGCUGGCAACAAAAUAUUUUUCUGUUUAAAAGUCUAUGUAAAAUUAAUCAAAAUUGUCGUUACAGGAAACAAGUAUAAUAUAUUUGCAUUUUUUAUUUGUUUAAAAGUGAAUUUUAGAAAAAUACUUUAGGUUAUUUUGUUGUAAUCCAAUAACAACGUUUCAACUAGUGGUUAAUAAUAUGGGAAGUUGUUUCCCUUUUCACAAUUUGAUUCAAAACUCAUUUACAAAAGUAUUGUGAUAAGUGUAGAAAAUACAUUAAAUUUUCACAUUAUGUGCAGAUUCGUCUUCUAAAUAAUGCUAUAACUGAAAUAAGCCAAUUACAAACCAGUUAUUAUUCAUUGUUCGUUGUUUUAUAUAUAUAUCUUAUUUUCAGUCAUCUCCGUCUGUCUUUCAUUAACCAUUUGUUAUUUUGCUAGUAUCGCUUGUUUUGAAAUGUGUUUGACAUACGCUCUUUAGUUUCAUUAUUUAAGGCGGAUAUAAUUUAGGUUGUUGAUCAAUUACAUUAAAAGUACAUGCAAUAAUAUGGAAUAUUGAAAAAAACAACGAUAGACAUACAUAUAUAUUUCAUGCAAAUAUAUAAUUAGAUUCUAGAGUAUGUGUUACCCGUAAAAAAUUCAAAAAUAAAUCAGCAGCUCAAAAUGCUAUUUUUUUUAAAAUGCUAGUAACUUAUUAAUAUAUUAAACACACUAGGUUCUUGCAUUCACUAGAUUAACUCUGAUUAUUUUCAAAACGUUAUUUGUCUUUCCAUUUUCAUCUUGAAACACCACGGAAUGAAUGUACAUGUAAAAAUUACAUUUUAAUAAUUUAUGUUUUCCAUCAAAACCAAUUUUCAUUGUUAAUAACGGUUCAUCGUCAUUCCUAUGUCAUAAUAAUGGAGUAUAUUUUGGUUAAGGGAGGUAACUCUUUAAACUCAGUAAUGCGUUUGUUUACGUCGCUUUUUUUUUUUAAUUCUUUCUAAGUAUUCACGUUGAACAGAAUUCAAUUAAUUUGUAUAGUUUUGAUUCUUAGAAUGUAAAAUAUGAAAAUGAUUGAACCAAAUGUAAAAGUCAGUUUUAAGAAUUAUUUCUGUUAGCUGAGGUCUACUUCGUUAAGUUUCUUUAAGAAAUUCUCAUAAAUGGGAUGUGUGCAAUACUAGUCAUUUUGUCGUCGGAACUGUCUUUAAAUAUAUUUUUUUUUACUCACAUUUUCUUAAUAUUCAGAACAUACUAAAACGAAAAUUUUGAAAUCAUGUAAUUUUCGAAUAUUUAAAGGAAAACAAUGUGGUAAAAUUUACUUAUUCCAAAUGUCCCGUUGACACAUUGCAAAAUUUAUUUAUUAACAUCUUUGCGUUUAGGGACCGCCGAAACAAAUAAGUUGGAAUACACAUAUCAAAGACGAUAUUUUCUUUCCGUUUUGUAUACAAAAUGUAUGUACUAUAUAUACAUUUGUUUAUUUUGGUAGUGGGGUGUUGGAAUAUCCCCGUUUUCAAUGUUCGAGAAUGCUAAAUGUUUCUCAAAAACACAUUAAUACUUAGUGUUUGACAUGUAAAAGAGCUUCUUUGGUCAAACGUUGAAAUAUGAUACCAUGCUGUCAUGACUUCUUCUAUGUAAAUAUAUGGGUUUACUGUAAUUGUGUGUCUGUGAUUGUUCGUAAAGAUUAUUUGAAUGAUCUUGCUAUACAAAAAAAAAAGAACAAGGGGAAAUUGGGCCUACCUUUUUAUAUGUUUUUUUUUUUGUUAUUCUUUUCAUUAUUUAAAUAGUGUAGGUAUCAACAUCCAUGUUAUAUUUAUGUUAUAUUUUAAUGAACACUAUACACAUCGGAAAUAACUGCAGCUGAUAACUGUUUAUAUUUCCUACAUAACGAGUUAUGGUACUUUGUAAAUAACGACAUCAGAUACAACAAGAAUGUGUCCUCAGUACACGGAUGCCCCACUUGCACUAUCAUUUUCCAUGUUCAGUGGACCGUGAAAUUGGGAUAAAAACUCUAAUUUGACAUUAAAAUUAGAAAGAUCAUAUCAUAGGGAACAUGCGUACUAAGUUUGAAUCGACUUCAACUUCAUCAAAAACUACCUUGACCAAAAACGUUAACCUAGAGCGGGACAGACGGACGAACGGACGAACGGACGAACGGACGAACGGACGAACGGACGCACAUACCAGAAAACAUAAUGCCCCUCUACUAUCGUAGGUGGGGCAUACAAAUUCUGAAAUACCGACUUGAGAUACAAAACUUUACUCAAGUUACUUUUAAAUAUAUGUUAAAAACGGAUUCGACGUUUGAAGAAAUAAAAUUUCCUAGAUGAUAAUGAUGCUAUUGAUAUAUUCUCCUUUAUUUAAUCCGAAAAGCGACCUGCAGAUGCACAGAUUCGUGCUUUCACAAUAUAGUUUUUUUCUUCUUUUCCCUGUUAAAUUUUACUACAACUCAUAUGUCAAGAUAUGGUAUCUUUAGUCGCUAUGUGUGAAGUAUGUACAAUUAUUUUUUGGGGGGUUAAGAAAAAUCUACAAUAAAUAAUUUAGAAUAUUUUCCGUUAUAUUAUAUAUGAGACAGUUCCAUAGUAUUUUGGUUUUUUUAUGUUAAUGUGCUUAAUAAUAUCACCGAAAAUAAAAUAUAAAAAUAUGUUA